AUUUGGUGCCUUUUCUAUGUAAAUUGGAAUAAAACAAUAAUUAUUGGACAUCAUAGAUGGCGCUGUAGGGCUCUUCUAAGCCCACGCACGUGCGUGGUAAAGUCCAGUUUGCCUACUUCUAGUUCGUCAGCAGUGAGACCAGCAGCAAGGUGUAGGUAUGGCGUCCGCGGAGGAGGCUUUGCCGCGUCGUGUGACCCGGGAGCUAAACGAAGCCUCGCUGAAACUUAUGGCAAGAACAGGAUACACCAUACGGCAAGAAAAAUGGCAAAGAAAGUACGGCGGUCCACUUCCCGACUGGGAAAGCUCGGCUCCUUUAAAGGUUGCGAAAUUUUCGUCCUAACCCUUACGGCAAGAAAAAUGGCAAAGAAAGUACGGCGGUCCACUUCCCGACUGGGAAAGCUCGGCUCCUUUAAAGGUUGCGAAAUUUUCGUCCUAACCCUAACCCUAACCCUAUUCCAAAAGACUGUUACGAAGACGAGCUCGUUCCAGUAUUUGAGAAGAUAGGGAAGAUUCGUAAUGGAAGCCCGCUCUGGACUCCAUAGAGGAUAUGGAUUCGUUAAAUACACUAACAAAGAACACGCGAAUCAAGCGGUAAAGGAGCUUCACAACUACGAAAUUCGUAAAGACCAGUUCUUGGGUGUUCGCAACUCUCCUAGGGGAGUUUUGCACGUGGGGAACCUUAGGCCUAUGUCGACAACUACAGAAGACAAAAUUAGAAAGCUGUGCAGUCAAGUUGUGGGAAGAGACAAUGCUGUGGAAAGAGUAGAGAAGAUAAGAGAUUAUGCAUUCAUUCAUUUUAGAGACAGAGAUGCUGCUAUCAUGGCCAUGACUAAACUUAAUGGAAUGAAUGUUGAAGGUGCUUACAUUGAGGUUGUAUGGGCAAAAGGAAGAGAGCAGGCUAAUCAGGACUGCCACUUGGGUGAGGUUGAUAGAGCAUACAACAGAGGCCAGGAAGCGUUGGAAUCUUGGAAGCAGAAAGAAGUAUCAUCUGUCAAGGCUAAUCAGGACUGCCCCUUGGGUGAGGUUGAUAGAGCAUACAACAGAGGCCAAGAAGCGUUGGAAUCUUGGAAGCAGAAAGAAGUAUCAUCUGUCAGGGCUAAUCAGGACUGCCACUUGGGUGAGGUUGAUAGAGCAUACAACAGAGGCCAGGAAGCGUUGGGAUCUUGGAAGCAGAAAGAAGUAUCAUCUGUCAGGGCUAAUCAGGACUGCCACUUGGGUGAGGUUGAUAGAGCAUACAACAGAGGCCAGGAAGCGUUGGAAUCUUGGAAGCAGAAAGAAGUAUCAUAUGUCAGGGGCUAUGGCAAUGAUCCUAGUUACUCGCCUCCAUUGUAUUACAACCCGAUGUCUCCACCACCCGCAAGGGCGUUGGCAGAGCGAGGUCCCAUGGGCAUCAGAAGCCCUGUGCGAGGCCGAGGGGUGAUGAGGGGGUGGGGCUUUAGGAAACAUCCAGCAGAGGUGCUCAAUGACCUUUGCCAGAAGAAUGGAUGGGGAAGUCCUGUAUACCAGCUUCAUUCUCUCAUGGGAAGGGAUGGAAGUGGUGCCCAACAGCUCUUAGAGCUCUUUUUGUACAAGAUCACCAUACCAGCUCUCGGUACUCAGUUUCCAAAUUGUAACCCAUUUACCCCAAAUAAACUGUGUUCUACUGUUGAGGGGGCAAAGGUUUUUGCAGCAGAGUACACUUUGAUGCAGUUAGCCCUAGAGUACAUUAGCCCACCAUGUCCUUACACCCAGCCGAGCUAUGCCAACCACCCCGACCCACCUGUGGAAUGCUUCCAACAGAUCAUGUGA